AGAAUGAAAUGUUUUUGUUGUGAUAGCGCAUGUUCUUUUUUUAACAGGACGCUUGUUAUGACGGUGACGCAAGGGCGUAAUGGCGUCAUCACGCUUAUCAAGGUGACGCAAAGGCGUAAUGGCGGCAUCUGCUUUCAGAAUGCUGCGACAGGUGGGCAGACAGCUGUCUCGCUCGCGUGCAGCUAUGAGACUCUUGUGUUCACAUGCAAACAGCUGCGCAGGCGCCUUUUCUCCACUGCAGAGCUUCUCAGAAGAGGAGGCCAUGAUGAGAGAUGCAGUGAAGAAAUUCUCUCAGGAACGCAUCGCACCGCUCGUGUCCAACAUGGACGAAAAGUCCGCCAUGGACGCAGAACUGAUCGGGUCUCUGUUUGAGCAGGGCUUAAUGGGAAUUGAGAUCGGUACGGAAUACGGCGGCACGGGUUCCUCCUUCUUCACGUCCAUCCUGGUGAUUGAGGAGCUGGCUAAGGUGGAUCCGUCUGUGGCCGUGCUGUGUGACAUUCAGAACACGCUCAUAAACACGCUGCUGACAAACCUGGGCACCGAGGAGCAGAAGGAGCGAUAUCUCCCUCGACUCGCCAGCGACACGGUGGGCAGCUUUUGCUUGUCAGAGGCCGAGUCAGGCAGUGACGCCUUCUCUCUGAAGACUAAAGCGGAGAAACACAAAGACUAUUACAUCAUCAACGGCUCUAAGAUGUGGAUUAGUAACGCAGAACAUGCCGGAGUGUUUCUGGUCAUGGCCAACGCGGACCCUGCAGCUGGUUACAGGGGCAUCAGCUGUUUCAUAGUGGACAGAGAUACUGAUGGUCUUCACAUCGGGAAGAAGGAAAAUAAGUUGGGUCUGCGAGCUUCAUCCACGUGUCCUCUGAAUUUCGACAAUAUGAAGGUUCACGAGAAGAACGUUUUGGGAAAGAUUGGUCACGGUUAUAAAUACGCUAUUGGAAUGCUGAAUGGAGGCAGGAUCGGUAUCGCAGCACAGAUGCUCGGUCUGGCUGAAGGCUGUUUCGAUCACGCAGUUUCAUACACCAGACAGCGGGUUCAGUUUGGCAAACGGAUCUUUGACUUUCAGGGAAUGCAGCAUCAGAUCGCUCACGUGGCCACUCAGCUGGAAGCCGCUCGGCUGUUAACCUAUAACGCGGCUCGGCUGAAGGAGGCGGGACGCCCGUUCAUCAAAGAGGCCUGCAUGGCCAAAUACUUUGCCUCUGAGGUGGCCACGCUCACCACGUCAAAAUGCAUCGAGUGGAUGGGCGGAGUGGGUUUCACUAAGGAUUAUCCCAUCGAGAAGUAUUACAGAGACUGUAAAAUAGGAACCAUUUAUGAAGGAACAACAAACAUUCAGCUGAGCACAAUGGCUAAGAUGAUUGAUCGGGAGUACGACGCAUAAAUUCGCCGUGAAUCGAUGGUUUGUGAAAGACUGUGGCUAGUUAAUAUACAUGUUACUCAAAACUAAACACACCUCAAAUGAUGCACUUCACUCUUAGGUUUUCAUUUUAAAAUAAAAUAAUAAUUAAACUGA